GGGCUGCUGGCCCGCGCUGCUUUCAGUUUCGUGCAGAGCGCGGCGCAGCAAGGCGAGCGGUGGAUGCCCGCCCUAUGGAAACAAUGUGCAAAUCCAGCUUAAGGCACAGGUCUGACUCCGGCACCCAUGAGACCCUCUCUACGGACACCCAGAACAUCUGUGGUGAACCAGGAAGCCAACCUACUUGUCCCGCUGCUCACCUGGCCCCAAGCUCACGUGGCCCCAGCUCACCGCUUCCAUCAUCUCAUCUUCCCCCCAGCUCACCUGUUUCCCCUCACCGGCCUUCGCAGUCCCUGCAGCAUCAGCUCCUCAUGGACCCCAUUACCUCCCAGCUGGGCACCAGGAGCCAGUGGGUUUGUCUUGUGAGGCUGCUCAGUGAUGACCCAGAAUGGCUGAGGGCCAAGGUGAAGUUCUUCCUCCCCAACAUGGACCUGGACUCCAGGAACAAAACCUCAGACCCCAAAAAAAGGGUCUUGGAACAACUCACGGAGCUGCACGCCCAGGGUCCGGCCACCUGGCAGGCAUUCAUCCACUGUGUGUGCAUGGAGCGGGAGGUGCCUCUGGAGCUGGAGGUGCUGCUGCUGAGCACUUGGGGCCAUGAAGGAGAGGGGCUUCCCAGUCCUUUGGAAAUCGGUGAAGGAAGCGAACCUGAACCUCAGUUCCACCAUGGCCUCAAGCGGCCUCAUCAGAGCUGCGAGUCCUCCCCCCGCCCGAAGCAUUCCAGGAAGCAGCACCUAGAGUUGGUCAAGAAGUACCUGCAGCUGCUGAGGACUUCUGCACAACAGCGCUAUGGUGGCAAGCUCCCUGGGCCAGGACAGACCCUCCCCUUCCAGCAGGCCUACAUCCCCACGAUCCUGCAGUGGAGCCGGGCCACAGCACCCUUCAGCGCUCAGGAGGGGGCCACCGUGGGCAGCCCCAGGGCAGAAGAUGGCACUGAUGUGAGCAUCCAGGACCUGUUCAACUCCAGGACUGACAAGGGCCCGAGGGUGAUGGUGCUCCUAGGGAAGGCCGGCAUGGGCAAGACCACGCUCACCCGCUGGCUCUGCCAGCGGUGGGCUGAUGGCCAGCUGGACCGCUUCCAGGCCCUGUUCCUUUUCGAAUUCCGCCAGCUCAACCUGCUUACAAGUGUCCUGACGCUGCCUCAGCUCCUUUUCGAUGUGUACCUAAGCCCUGAGGCAGGCUCCGACGCCGUCUUCCAGUACCUGGAGGAGAAUGCCAGUGGAGUCCUGCUCAUCUUCGACGGGCUGGAGGAGGCUCUCCACCCCUGUUCCAGCAGGGACACUGCUGGCCCGGAGGCCUUGGGUCCAGCCCUCGCCCUCUUCUCUGGCCUGUGCCGCGGGACCCUCCUGCCGGGCUGCAGGAUCAUGGCCACCUCCCGCCCAGGGAAGCUGCCAGACUGCCUGCCCACGGAGGCAGCCACGAUCCACAUGUGGGGCUUUGACGGGCCGCGGGUGGAGGAGUACGUGGGCCGCUUCUUCAGCAACGAGCCGUUGCAGGAGGCGGCCCUAGCAGAGCUGCAGUUGAACGGGCGUCUCCGGAGGAUGUGUGCGGUGCCUGCCCUGUGCCGAGUCGCCUGCCUCUGCCUCCGCCACCUGCUCCCGGGCCUCUCUCCAGGCCAGUCUGCAGCCCUCCUGCCCACUGUGACCCAGAACUAUGUGCAGAUGGUACUCACCUUCGGCCCUCAUGGGCACCGGGCUGCCAGCUCCCUGAUGGGCCUCGGUGAGGUGGCCCUGGAGGCCCUGGAGACUAGGAAGGUCAUCUUCUCUACCGGAGACAUUCCUCCGCCCGUGAUGGCCUUCGGGGCUGCCCUCGGCCUGCUGACCUCCUUCCGGGUCUGCACAGGCCCUGGGCAGUGGAAGACAGGCUACGCCUUCACCCACCUCAGCCUGCAGGAGUUCUUCGCUGCCCUGCAUCUGAUGGUCAGCCCCAAGGUGGAUCGAGAGGCACUCGCCCGCCACGUCACCCUUAAUUCUCGCUGGGUGCUGCGGACCAAAGCUAGACUGGGUCUCUUAGACCACGUCCCCACAUUCCUGGCGGGUCUGGCAUCCUGCGCCUGCCGACCCUUCCUCAGCAGCCUGACGCAGCGGGGUGAGGCGUGGGUGGGCGCCAGGCAGGCCGCAGUCAUACAGGCAUUGAAGAAGCUGGCCACCCGCAGGCUCACGGGACCAAAGGUUAUAGAACUGUGUCACUGUGUGGGUGAGACACAGGAGCCUGAGCUGGCCAGCCUCAUGGCCCACAGCCUCCCCUAUCAGCUGCCCUUCCACAAUUUCCUGCUGACCUACACUGACCUGGCCGCCCUGACCAACAUCCUGGAGCACAGGGAUGCCCCUAUCCACCUGGCUUUUGAGGGCUGUCCCCUGGAGCCCUGCUGCCCUGAGGCCCUGGCAGGCUGUGGGCAGGUGGAGAAUCUCAGCUUUAAGAGCAGAAGGUGUGGGGACGCCUUUGCAGAAGCCCUCUCCAGGAGCCUGCCGACCAUGGGGAGCCUGAAGAAGCUGGGGUUAGCAGGAAGUAAGAUCACUGCCCAAGGCAUCCACCACCUGGUGCAGGCUUUGCCCCUCUGUCCACACCUGGAGGAGGUCAGCUUUCAGGACAACCAGCUCAAGGACCAGGAGGUGCUGAAAAUCGUGGAGGUCCUCGCUUCCCUGCCGAGGCUCCGGAAGCUUGACCUGAGCCAAAACAACAUCUCCAUGUCAACCCUACUGCGCUUGACAAAGGUGGCGGUCACGUGCACGGCCAUCACGAUGCUGCAAGUCGGGAAGACGGACCUCAUCAUCCUUCUCUCCCCGCCCACAGAGACAGCCACAGAGCUACGUGGAUCCCCAGACCUUCAGAAAAAUGUCAGCCAGAGGAAAGGGACUCAGAGCAGACGCCUGACGCUCAGGCUGCAGAACUGCCAGCUAACCAUCUAUGACGCGGAGGAGCUCAUAGCCCAGCUCCAGGAAGGCCCCUACCUGGACGAAGUAGACCUCUCAGGGAACGAGCUGGAGAACAGAGGCUGUCGGCGGGUGGCGGAGGCCAUCUCCCAGCUGCGCGUCGCCAGGAAGCUGGACCUCAGUGACAACGGGCUCACGGUGGCUGGAAUGCACGACAUGCUGAGCGUACUGAGCACAUGCCAGACCCUGGCAGACCUGCACAUCAGCCUCAAGGACAAAACUGUGGUCCUCACGUUCACCUCAGAGCUGGAGGGGCAGGAGGGGACCCGGGAAAGGGCUGCGGUUCCUGACGACUUAGUGCUCCCGAUGCCCUCAGCGCUGCCCCCGUGCUCCCUCCAAGUCAGGCUAACACACUGUGGUUUGCAAGCUGAGCACCUCGAGCCGCUCUGCACAGCGCUGAGAGGAAGCCGCAGCCUGGGCCACCUUGACUUAUCAGGCAAUGCUCUGGGGGACCCAGGUGUGGCCCAGCUGCUUCCGUGGCUCCCCAGGCUGGGCACUCUGCACUCCUUGAAUCUCAGUGAGAACGGCUUGUCCCUGGACACGGUAUGCAGUUUGGCCCAGUGCUUCUCUACUGUGCGGCGGUGGGUUCUCCAGCUGGACGUCAGCUUUGAGAGCCAACGUGUUAUCCUGAGAGGCGACAGAAGAGCCAGGAAUCUGUCGGUGGGCGGGCCUUCGCCAGAGUUCCCAGCUGGAGCCCGGUCCUCGGGGUUUCGUCAGCCCCGCACCCCCAGGAGCUUCUGCCUCAGGGAGUGCCAGCUGGAGCCCCUGAGCGUCGCCCGCCUCUGUGAGACUCUGGAGAAGUGCCCAGGGCCCCUGGAAGUCGAGUUGUCUUGCGUUGUGCUGAGCAACCAGAGCCUGGAGACCCUGCUAAGGCACUUGCCCCGCCUCCUGCAGCUGAGCACCCUGCAGCUGAGCCAGACGCCACUGUCCUUCGGGAGCCCCAUCCUGCUGGCUCGCCUCUUCUGCCUGUGCCCACGAGUUCAGAAGGUGGAUCUCAGGUCCUUGCAUGAGGUGACCCUGCACUUCAGGUCUCCUGAGGAGCAGAAAGGCGGGCGCUGCGGCAGGUUCAGGGGCUGCGGCCUCAGCCAGAAGCAUGUGGAGCCGCUGUGCACGUUGCUGGGGAAAUGUGAAGACCUCAGCCAGCUGGACCUCUCCGCCAACGUGCUGGGUGACGACGGGCUCCGGUGCCUCCUGAAACAGCUGCCUCAGUUGCCCAUCUCUGGUUCACUCAACCUGAGUGCCAACAGCAUGUCUCAGGAAAGCGCCCUGUGCCUGUUGGAGACCCUCCCCUCCUGCCCCCGUGUCCGCGAGGCCACUGUGAACCUGGGCUCUGAGCAGAGCUUCUGGAUUCACUUCUCCCGACAGGAGGAGACUGAGAAGACAUUGAGGCUGAGAGAAUGCAUCUUCAGACCAGAGCACAUGGCCAGGCUGGCCACUGGCCUGAGCCAGGCCCGUCAGCUGACGGAGCUCGCGCUGAUCCGGUGCUGCCUAAGCCUGGACGACCUGGCCAUCCUCCUGAGUCUGGUGAGGAGGCCAGCGGGAGUGCUCAGUCUGCUCAGUCUCAGGGUGGAGGAGCCGUGGAUAGGCAGAGUAGGGUUGCGCGCCCUGCUCCGCGUCUGCACCCAGGUCUCGGGCAGCAUCACCGAGAUCAGUGUCUCCGAGACCCAGCAGCAGCUCUGCGUCCAGCUGAGAUUUCCUCGGCAGGAGAACCCGGAGGCCGUGGCCCUCAGGUUGGCGCACUGUGACCUUGAGACCCACCACAGCCUCCUCACCCGGCAGCUGAUGGGAAUGUGCACGUGGCUGCAGCAGCUCAGCCUGUCCCAGGUGAACCUCUGCAAGGCCAGCUCCCAGCUGCUGCGAAGCUUCCUGUCCCUCUCAGAGCUGAAGAAAUUCCGGCUGACCUCCAGCUGUGUGAGCCCUGAGGGCCAGGCCUACCUGGCAUCUUGUCUGAGCCACUGUCAUCUCCUGGAAGAGCUAGACUUGUCUAACAACCAGCUGGGCGAGGAGGGCCCCUCGGUGCUGCAGGGGGCGCUUGAAGACAAGCGCCGGCUGAAGAGGCUUGACCUCAGCCACUUCCCGCUGGGCGACUCCACCCUGGCUGCGCUCACUCAAGCACUGAGCCGCAUGACCCUCCUGCAGAGCCUCUGCCUGAGUAGGAACGACAUUGGUGACACCGGCUGCUACCACCUUUCCAAGGCUCUCAGGGCUGCCACCAGCUUGGCGGAGCUGGGACUAAGCCACAACCAGAUCGGAGACACAGGUGCCCAGCACUUAGCCGCCAUCCUGCCCACGCUGCCUAGGCUCCGGAAGAUAGACCUCUCAGCGAAUGGCAUCGGCCCGGCUGGAGGAGUGCAGCUGGCAGAGUCCCUCGCUCUUUGCAAGCGCCUGGAGGAGCUGAUGCUUGGCUGCAACCCUCUGGGGGACUCCACGGCCGUGGGGCUGGCCCGGGGGCUGCCCCCACAACUGAGGAUCCUACACCUGCGGUCCAGCCGUCUGGGCCCCGCGGGGGUGCUGAGCCUGGGCCAGGCCCUGGAUAGAUGCCCACACUUGGAAGAGAUCAGCCUGGCGGAGAACAACCUGGCCGGACAGGUCCCGCAUCUCAGGCGGGGGCUCCCACUACUUAGGCAGAUAGACCUGGUUUCCUGUGAGAUUGACAACCAGGCUGCCAAGCCCCUCAUCGCCAGCUUCGUGCUCUGCCCGGCGCUGGAGGAGAUCUUGCUGUCCUGGAAUCUGCUCGGGGACGAGGCAGCUGCCGAACUGGCCCGGGUCCUGCCACGGAUGGACCGGCUGAAGAGCGUGGACCUGGAGAAGAAUCAGAUCACAGCAUACGGAGUCAGGCUCCUGGCUGAAGGGCUGGCGCAGGGCUCUGGCGUCCAAGUCAUCCGCCUCUGGAAUAACCACAUCCCGCCCGACGUGGCCCAGCGUCUGCAGAGCCACGAGCCCAGGCUGGACUUUGCUUUCUUCCCCAACAAGCCGCAGGCUCCUCGGGGUCCUUGAUGUGGCCGCCUGAAGAUCCUUUGAAUCCAGCCAAGUGAUCCAGCUUCCACCCGCCGGGACAGAGGGCUCGGGAGGAGCCUCAGCUGGGUGCCCCGGCGCCCGACCCCUGGAGGGAGGGACACGUUUGUCCUGCCACAGUAUUCAGGGAGGACUUUUUUGGGAACUAGGAGCCUACUGUGACUAGCAGGCUACCCCACAUCGCACAUGACAUGCAUGACCAGUACAGACAUGUGGCACAGCAAGGGUGUGCAUGAUGUGCAUGACACAGAAGGUCACAUGUGUCAGUUCCAUGUGACAUUACAUGGGACUUGCAGUGUGGCCCGUGGGUCAGUGUCAUGGAUCCUAGCACCACACAUGGCAGGACAUGUGACUGGUGGUCCGUGUAAGACACCUGACAAAUGUCCACGUCACAGCACAGGUGGCCGGCCAGAUGCCCUCAGGCUGGCCCAAGAUCUAAUUUAUUAUUUUUUUAAAAUCAAGUAUGUAUUUAUAGAUUGCAUUUCCAGAGCAGCUAAACCAGAGAGUAUCUCCCGCCCAGAACUGGGAUGGGGAAAGUGUCUGAACAAGGGCUGGCCCAGUAGCCCGACGGCCAGGCCUCCGGGCCAA